AUGUUGUUUAGUUGGAUUGCGGUUUUUUUACAAUAUUGCUUAAUUCAUGAAAGUAACCAGGUUGGAAGAACAGGGUUUGGUCCAGGAAAUCAAGACUGGGGUUAUGUGACAGUGAGACCUGGAGCGUACAUGUUUUGGUGGCUCUAUUACGUUAAUCCAACAACAGUAUCACUUGAAAAUUCAAACCCUUUCAACAAACCCCUGAUUGUUUGGCUGCAAGGAGGUCCGGGAGAAUCGGGCACUGGAUAUGGAAAUUUUAAUGAAAUUGGUCCACUGGACAUAAAUCUCAAAAGAAGAAAUUAUACAUGGAUCAAUGAUUACAAUGUUCUAUUUAUCGACAAUCCAGUGGGGACUGGUUUUAGUUAUGUCGAUACGAUUCAAAUGAUGGCACAGAAUUUGACGCAAGUUGGCCAUGAUCUUGUAGCACUAAUGAAAGUAUUCUUAGAAAAGAUUCCACAAUUUAAAAAUGUUCCGACUCAUAUUGUCGGCGAAUCUUACGGAGGAAAUAUGGCUGUGCAAUUUGCUCAUCUAUGGUUUCAGGCUCAAAAGUACAGAACAAUCAUCAGUAAUUUAAAAGGAAUAGCUUUGGGUGAUGCGCCUAUAUCUUUUAAGGAAACGGUUAAAUGUACAGCUCCAUACUUAUUGAAUUUGAUCGAGAGUAUUGCUCAAAAAACCCUCAAGUUAUUGAAUGAAGAACAAUGGUCUGAAGCAAUGAAAAGUCAUAGUCUUACGUAUGCAACUAUAAAUAAUCUUAGUGCAGAGAUUUCUAUGUAUAACAUUCUACAACCAAAAAAACUAACAAUUUCUGACUCCCACAAAUAUUUUACUUCCUUGCGGUCGACUAUCAAAGAAGUUAAUGUCGAUAGUCAGAUACAAAUAAUUAUGGAACACGCAGUUAAAAGGAGACUUGAGAUUGAUCAUAGCAGAAAUUACACAUUGUUUUCGGAUGUGGUCUGGGAUGUACUGAGUAGCCAACUUAUGAAACCCACGGAGCGUAUUGUUGAGAAGCUAUUGAACGAAACAAAUCUGAAAAUCUUUGUAUACACUGGGCAGUUGGAUUUGAUUGUUCCAACUCCUAGCACUAUAAGCUGGGUAGAAAAUUUGAAAUGGACGUAUGCUGAAGAGUGGAAUAACGCCAUCCGGGUACCAUUUACUGUUGACAAUAUUAUAGAAGGAUAUGUUAAAGAGUACAAAAAUUUUAAAUUGUAUUGGAUAGACAGAUCUGGACACUCGGCUGCAAAAGAUAAUCCAUACGCAAUAAAUGCAAUGCUUCAAGAUUUAACAUCCAUCAUAACUCCAAAU